UUUGCUGGGCUUUUGUUCCAUUUGUGAAUAGUUCUUGCUGGAAGCCCCGGGCAGGAUGACUUGGUAACGGCCCCUCACCCAGAGACCAGCGCUCCCAGCGCCAGAAACCACCGGAGCGGCAGCAGAGGUGACUCCAGAGCUCCAAGUGCAUCUGUUGUGUGGCUUCUGUCCCCUGAGCACCAUGGCACGGGAUGAGCAGUGCAGGGAGGAGCUCAGUUAUGACCGGAUGCCCACCCUGGAGCGGGGAAGGCCGGAGGCCGGGAGCUACCCCUCAGACGCCAAGCCCAACGACCUUCAGCUGUCGACAAGGCUGCCUCCGUGCUUCAGCCACAAGACAUGGGUUCUCUCUGUGUUGAUGGGGAGCUGUCUGCUUGUGACUUCGGGGUUUUCGCUUUAUCUGGGAAAUGUGUUUCCUUCCGAAAUGGAUUACUUACGUUGUGCUGCAGGAUCGUGCCUUCCCUCGGCAAUUGUGAGCUUUGCUGUUUCGAGGAGAAACAUCAAUGCGAUCCCCAACUUUCAGAUCCUGUUUGUGUCCACGUUUGCCAUCACCACUACAUGUUUAAUCUGGUUUGGAUGCAAACUGGUUGUGAACCCCUCAGCAAUAGACAUAAAUUUUAAUCUGAUUCUUCUCCUUCUGUUGGAGCUUUUCAUGGCAGCCACGGUGAUCAUCUCAGCACGGUCGAGCGAGACGUAUUGUAAGCAGAAGGGUUCCAUGUCAGAUAGCACCAACAUUUUGUAUGAAGUGGCAUUUCCUGCUCGGGUCCUGAAAUCCUAUUCAGUCAUCGAGGUGAUUGCUGGCGUCUCUGCCGUCCUGGGUGGGGUCAUCGCUCUGAACGUGGAUGAUGCUGUCUCGGGACCACACCUCUCCGUGACGUUCUUUUGGAUCUUAGUGGCCUGUUUUCCAAGCGCCAUUGCCAGUCACGUCACAGCUGAGUGUCCAAGCAAGUGUCUGGUGGAGGUGCUGAUUGCCAUCUGCAGCCUCACGUCCCCGCUGCUGUUCACUGCCUCUGGGUACCUGUCGUUCAGCAUCAUGAGAAUCCUGGAGAUCUUCAAAGACUACCCGCCAGCCAUCAAGCAAUCCUACGACGUGCUGCGGUUGCUUCUGAUGCUGCAGCUGCUGCUGCAAGCCGGCCUCAACACUGGCACCGUCAUCCAGUGCGUGAGCUUCAAGCUGGGCGCGUCCUGGGAUGCUGCGCAGACCAGCCAGCAGGAGCGCCCAGCAGGGGAGGUGUCCAGAAGCCCCCUGAAGGAGUUCGACAAGGAGAAAGCAUGGAGGGCCGUCGUGGUGCAGAUGGCCCAGUGACCGUGGGGCGGGGAGACCGAGGCAGGAGCAGGGCCCCUGCCUGGCUAGUUGUCUUGAAGCUACCACUUUCUAACUUGCCCUUCACCUUCGUCCAGGCCAGGCUGCAAGGUGGAGUCUUCAUUUCUUUUAGUAGUUUAGUUGUUAAAUAGGCAAGUGUUGACCAUUUUGUGCUUAGGAGUCUUUCAGUUCCUCACCCCCAAGGCGCCACCGCACGCACCGUGGUGUGGGGCUCUCAGGUGAGGAAGGGGCUCGUGCUGGAGCCAGACCCUCCCGGCACCGACGCCUAGGCAGGCCUUGCACGUGCGGCCAGCCGCCCGUCUGCUCCUCCUUCACCUCGCUGGCUUCCCGGGCCCAUGCUUGUCGAGCACUUACCUUAAGCAGUCGACAGCCGGGCUGUGGACGGCCCCACGUGGGUCUUACCGACUCGGGCGUUUCUCUCUGGAGACGUGUCUGCCAAGCACCGUCUCUGACCACGGAGCAGAGCUGUGUGGGGAGCCCCUUCUCCUCAGGACCGUGGUCACAGGCAGCCCCCACACCCACGGCUGUGCCUGUGUGGCGCUCACGUGCCCGAACUUCUGCCCUCUGUCUUAGACCGAGCCGUUCCAGAAGGACCCUGCCCACUCACUAGUGCUGGUGAUGUCCCAUGCGUGGUAUGCAGAGCCCAGGUCAGCAGGGGCUGUCUGCACUUGUGCUGGGUGGUACCCAGCUCCUGAGCCCUUUUGUCAACACCCACACUAAGAGUGACCCUGGCCACUGUGACAGCUCAGUGUUCUUUGGGGUGGGGCCAAAGGUAGAAACUUGGGCCACGUUUCUGGGUCUCAUUGGCUUUGGUGAUGCAGGUGGGGCUGGGCCCCCUACCUCCUCUCAUGGGUUCUGCUGGCACUCCCAUUACCAUUCUCAAGACGUGAGACAGAUGCCCCCCAGAACCCUCAUGGGGGUCAUCACUGGGCAUUCUCCAGCUCCCUCCAUUUCCUGACCUCACUUACCUGAGGUCCAGCCCAGGCCACGGGUCUCUUCCAUCUGUCACUGCCCCUCCUGCCAGACAGCGAAGACGGUUUGGGUGUGAGAAUAACAUUUGCUUCAGUUAAAAUCACCGCCAAGAAUUGUGUGCUGUCUCCUUGUCCCCUGAGUAUACCUGGAAUUUUCUGGAAGAACGAUUAGCUUUUCUCAGUUGACAUGGGCACUGGUAAGUCUCCAGUGGGCGGGGGGCACCUUCUGAAAAUGGAAACGUUCAUGGUUUCAGGAACUGUCUUGGGGCCAGUAUCUGCAUUCACAAGGCUGCACGUGCAAGUGGUUGUGUCUGUCUGCUUCAUGUGAGGAGCUCAGCGGUUGUGCGGGAAGGUGCUGACGUUUGCUCUUUCCUGUAGCUUGUUAGUGAGGAUUGGCGGGGGCUGACUGGGUAUAGACCUGGGGGGGGUGGGAUUCAGGGAUCCUCCCCGGUUUCUCAUUGCUCAGCACGAAUGACUGGCUGCCAGGGUGUCUUCACAGCAUUCACGGCAGGUUGGGUCGGGAAGAAGGCAGAAGAGACAUGGGAAAGGGGGAGAGUGCCAGCCGAGGAGGCAUUGUCCUCAGCCAGCCAGCCCCUGUCUGCUGUCCUUGGCCAUGUCCCCAAAUAAGCAAGAGCAGGGGAGAUGGCUCUUUCCUGCACACAUGCAGGCCCCCCCCCCCCCGGCCACAGUCGAGGUCACCUCCCCUUCCUACAGCUCCCAGGCGAGGAGGCCAGCGGGGGGAUCUGCUCAGGAGCCUGGGACGGGAGCCACGGAGACAGCACGGGCCACUCUGGUAUUUCCUUGGAUGUCCCAGAAGUCUGAGUCUUAGAGCUGGAAUUAGGCACCUAGGGCUUGGUACCGGCUUGCACUUUAUUUCAGAUAGAGCUUGAGAAAUCCAGACAAAUGGGGUUUUAAAAAUGUACGAUUCUUUUUCUGUCAAUUUACAUUUGUUUGAUAUAGUUUAAUAACUCCUGAAUAAAUGCUAACAUGUAAACGUGGCCUAUGUUAUUUUGAGUCCCUUAGGGAUCUCUUUGUCCAGGGCUUGAACUGAGAGGAAAGUAUAGGAGGGCUGGUGGAGGCGAGGGCCACUUUUUAAUUUGUCCGUGAUUUAUGUAAUCCCUGAGGCCAGGUGGAGGUGGGGACCCCUGAGAGCCUAGUGGCUCGAGUGGUGAAGACUGGGAAGGGGCACAAAGACCCCUCCCCACCCAGGGGAACUGCCUGUCGGCACUGAGUUGGCCAGAGCUAAUGCAAAAUGGGAGCAGAAGCUCACUUUUGGGUUAUCCUGGGAAGUUAA